AUGGACCCCUCUGUAGUGGACCCCCCUCUCCAUCCCUCAUCUCUGGUGGACUCCUCUGUAGUGGACCCCCCCUCUGAUGGACCCCUCAUACCUCCUCUGAUGGACCCCUCUGUAGUGGACCCCCCUCUCCAUCCCUCAUCUCUGAUGGACUCCUCUGUAGUGGACCCCCCUCUCCAUCCCUCAUCUCUGAUGGACUCCUCUGUAGUGGACCCCCCUCUGAUGGACCCCUCUGGACCUCCUCUGAUGGACCCCUCUGUAGUGGACCCCCCUCUCCAUCCCUCAUCUCUGAUGGACUCCUCUGUAGUGGACCCCCCUCUGAUGGACCCCUCUGUAGUGGACCUCCCUCUGAUGGACCCCUCUGUAGUGGACCCCCCUCUCCAUCCCUCAUCUCUGAUGGACUCCUCUGUAGUGGACCCCCCUCUCCAUCCCUCAUCUCUGAUGGAUUCCUCUGUAGUGGACCCCCCUCUCCAUCCCUCAUCUCUGAUGGACUCCUCUGUAGUGGACCCCCCUCUCCAUCCCUCAUCUCUGAUGGACCCCUCUGUAGUGGACCCCCCCUCUCCACCCUCUGAUGGACCCCUCUGUAGUGGACCCCCCUCUCCAUCCCUCAUCUCUGAUGGACUCCUCUGUAGUGGACCCCCCCUCUGA